GUCAGUCGUGUAGUCGGAGUUGUUGGAUGUGUUUGUUUAUCCGCGUCGAUAUUAUAAUUUCGGUAAUCGCGCAUUGGCGAGUGGCUGGUGUUAGUGGUGCGGUGAUGGUGAUAGUGGUAAUGCGGAAAAGGUGAUACCCUAUUGCCUUCGCCGCGCGCGAUUCCCUUUUAUAGUUUAGAUUUAUUUGAAGAAAAUAGAAAAGCGAUAGAGAGACAAACAUGUGAUUUUGACAGGGGGAAAUUCCGGCGACAUUUUUUUCCUGUCAUUCUCCUGUCCUUGCGCGCCGACUUUUUAUUUCGUUUUAUACAUACAUAGAUUUCUGUGUAUUAUGGUGUGUUUGUAAUGUGUGUAUGUAUAUGUGUGUGUGCGAGUGUAUGUGCGUUUGUACAUAAGCGAGUGGUGAUACAGUGAGAGUUUUAGUUUUGUGUUGCUUUAUCUCUUCUAGAAUACACACAGAGGAGAUACGCGGGAUUGCUGCCUUCUUACUCACGCAUCGAAGGGUUGCGCGCUGUUACCGUGAGGAAUAUAUAAUGUUCUGAAAUUUGUGUGACGGGCUACACUGAGAGAGACGCGCAUCAUCAAAAAUGGUCGUUAAGUACUUCGCAUCGCAGGGCACAAGCCCUGAAUAUGGCGUGCCGGAUAUGACAAUUAUCAGCGACAUCGACGAGACCGGCAUCAAUCGGAAUCUUCAAGUUCGGUAUUGCAGGGACCAAAUAUAUACAUACACGGGAUCUAUACUAAUAGCCGUAAAUCCUUACAAAGAGGUCGACUACUACACAAAUGAGUAUGUAAAUCGAUAUCACGGGCAGAAGAUGGGUGCCUUGGAGCCUCACGUAUUUGCCCUGGCGGAGGCGGCGUAUAAGUCCCUGCAGGAAACCGAGAGUAAUCAGUCCUGCGUGAUAUCGGGCGAAAGUGGGGCCGGCAAGACCGAAACAACUAAGUUUAUUUUGCAAUAUCUAUGCUCGGUCACCAGCAACGUCGACACUUGGGUGGAGCAGCAGAUUUUGGAGGCCAACACCAUUCUUGAGGCAUUUGGUAACGCAAAAACCGUACGAAACGACAACAGCUCGCGCUUCGGCAAGUUUAUGCAAGUAUGCUUCGACAGCAAAUGGAUGAUAAAGGGGUGCAUCAUCCAGGAUUAUCUACUGGAGCAAAGUCGUAUCACCUUUCAGAGCCCCGGGGAGCGUAAUUACCAUGUGUUCUAUCAGCUGGUUGAGGCCGGCACGAGGGAUAAAGAAUUUGCUGAACAAUACAAGCUAAGACCGGCUACUCAUUAUAAAUAUCUCAAUCAAUCUGGUUGCGUAAAGAUCGAGGGAAUUUCAGACUCUAAGAAACUUGAUGCUCUCAGACUCGCUUUCAACGUGCUUCAGAUUUCGUCAGAAAUGUGCGAAGGAAUUUUCCGCGUUCUGUCGGCCAUUUUGUGGCUCGGAAAUUUAAAUUUUGAGGAUGUCGAUGGCGAGAAAUGCGAAUUGUCGAAGGAAGACAAAAACAUAGUGAACAUAGUGGCACCGUUAUUGGGUCUCCAAGUGGAAGAUCUCACGAAGGUCGUGCUGAUACGACAAAUAAAUGUUCGCGGAAAUAUCACAGAGAUUCCUCUAAAGGUGCAGGAAGCUCGAGAGAACGGACAUGCAAUGGCAAAGGCGCUCUACUCGCGCACCUUUGUCUGGCUCAUUAAUCACAUUAACAAUUGCACGAAUCCGGGUCAGGAUAGUUCGCGAUUUCUCGGGGUGCUCGAUAUCUUCGGUUUUGAGAACUUCACGUUGAAUAGCUUUGAACAACUCUGCAUCAAUUACACGAAUGAGAAGCUGCAUAAAUUUUUCAAUCACUACGUCUUUGCGCUAGAACAGGAACUGUAUCGUCAAGAAGAAAUUCAAUACUCUCACAUUACGUUCACGGACAACACCAUGUGCUUGGAGUUGAUUGAGAAGCCCCCGCGAUGCGUUCUUAAAUUACUGACUGAACAAUGUCAUAUGCCGAAGGGCUCGGACUUGGCUUACUUGAUGAAUUUACACGCGGAAUUCGAAAACCAUCCGUGUUACGUAAAAGGAGACGAUCGGCGAAAGUGGGAAAAAGAAUUCGGAGUUAAACACUACGCCGGCUGCGUGACAUAUACUGUCGAGGGUUUCGUCGAUAAGAAUCGAGAUGUUCAGCAAGAUGUAUUCUUCGACUUCAUGUCCAGAAGCACUAACGAGUUUGUGCAGGAGAUCACUGUCUAUCAGGAUUUAUUGGGAUGUACUGUUGCGCGUGCAGGUGGCGCUGCCACAACGAUGUCUCGCGGAACAUCUAAAGGCAAACCAACUCUCUGCGAUUCGUUCCGACAUCAGUUGCAAGCUUUGGUAGACGUGCUACAGGCGACAACACCGUGGUACGUUCGUUGUAUUAAACCGAAUAUGGAAAAGACGGCUAAUCACUACGACGAAAAACUCGUGUUGGAUCAACUUAAAUAUCUCGGCAUGUUGGACAUCAUACGUAUACGCAAAGAGGGCUUUCCGAUACAUAUGACAUUCCAUGAUUUUGUGGCGAGAUAUCGUUGUCUCAACAAGAACCACAUUUCGCUCUCCUGUGACGAGAAGAAGACAGUCAAUUGUUUGAUCAGUAGCCAAGGUAUACCGGAAACUGAGUGGCAGAUUGGUCGAACAAAAAUAUUUCUGAGGAGCUGCGUGCACGAGCCACUAGAAGAUUCCAGAAAUCAGAUGGUAACAAGCAAUGCCAUUGUGAUACAAAAAAUUUGGCGCGGAUACAUCAAACGACGAGAAUACAAGCGUACAAGAGAAGCAGCGCUGAAGGUGCAACACGCGUAUCGUGGCUGGAAAUUGCGAAUAAUGUUUAUUAGAAAACGCAGAGCUGCCGUCGUAAUUCAGAGUCAUCUGCGAGGUGUCUUCGCGAGAGAAGUGGCUGUGGCGCUACGAGAAAUGAGACGAGUUGAUGAGGAAAUGAGAAAGAGAGAACGGCUAGAAGAAGAACGAAGAUUAAUGGAGGACAAGAAAAUGUUGGAGGACAGUCAAAGCGCACAGUACAAUGGUAUUGUUGGAAUGGAAUCCGGAAAAGCACAAGAAGAAAUCGCCGCGUUGUCGCAAAUGGCCGAGCAAAUGAACUCGAAGAUGGCUGCCUCAGAUUUGCAAUCAGUAGACCUCGAUAAUCUAUUUUCUUUCUUAUCCGAUGUACAAUCAACCAAAAGCAAUCAAAUUAUCGAAGAGAUUGGCGAACAGAUGGACGAGCUGGUCGAAGAUCUAGACGUAGAAUUGGAAACUGUCAUUCAACAAGAGAUGGAACAAUUAAAUUCCAAGGUCGAGUCACAAGUCACUUCUCCUGUUAAUGGACAGAAAGCGACGUCUUCGCAGCAACAACAGCAGCAACAACAACAGCAACAACAACGAAUAUCUUGUGUGAACAAUUUGAAUAGCAGCAAACUCGGUCAACCGAGUCUUCCGGAACCUACGGAACCGCCUCCACCACCGCCUCCUCCCGCACAAGCUUCAGUUAUGAAUGGCGGUGAUUCGUCGAGCGACAACGGCGAACCAAUCUACGAAUCCGUUUUGCCGCGUGAGGAAAACGAUUCCGACAGUCCAAUUCUUCAUAAUGGUAGUAGUUCGGGUCAAAUAGUGAACGGCGAUGAUUGUGGGUCGCCACCACCUGUACCGGGUAAUAAAAUAGCUAAGGAAGUCGCCAGUAGUCCGCCAUCCAGACCAGAAUCUAGAGGUUCCAAUCAUCAUUGUUUGCAUCAUCAUCAUCAUCACCAUCAUCAUCAACAAACGAUACCCCAGACGCAGCAGAAUGGUCACGAUCAGUCACAACCGCAAACACAAACGACGCAACAGCUACCGGUCGAGCGCGAGCAGCGACGCAAAUGUCGCAUAGAACGUAAAUUGCAAGAAAUGGAAGACAAAAAAGAGCAAGAUACCGAAGCAACUUAUCACGAUAUCGUAGAAUUUGCGCAAAACUAUUUCAACAAUCACGAACGUUCGCCGGAGGGCACCAUAAUGGCUACAUUGACGAGAAAAUCGCGCGGUAAAAGCAUUGAGUACAUCCCGAAAUACGAGAUGGUCACAUAUUAUAAAGGAUCCACCAUUCCGAAUUCACAUAUUCACAUGUACGAUCCUGAUAACGUGAACGUUGCGUGUUCUGUAUUCCGGGACUUUUGUAAGUAUAUACGUGGGGAAAUGAAGUUGGACCAGGAAAUAGCUACGAUUCAGAGCAUUAUCGCUUACGGAAUCGAGAGAGAAGAACUGCGGGACGAGAUUUUCGUGCAAUGCAUUCGACAGGCAACCAACAAUCCCAGCGUGGAAUGGGCGGAACGCGUGUGGUUGCUGUUAUGCCUCGCAAUAGUGGCCUUCCAACCGAGUAAACUGCUCUACAAGUACUUUGUCUCCUUUUUGAAGAAGAAUCUCGCACUCGAGGGCAAACUGAGACAGUACGUUCAGUGGUGUGUGGAUAACUGCAAGAACACAAAAGUAUCUUGUAGGCAACAUCCACCGUCGACAGUGGAGAUUGCUGCUAUGAGAAGAUUGGGCACCAUAGUCUGUCGAUUUUUCUUCUUGGAUGGGAGAACAAAAGCGAUUGAUGUGCAUCCGACUGACACGGCUGCCGAUGCUGUAGCUAAACUCGGUGAAAAAUUAGGUCUACGAUCGCUCGAAGGUUGGGCUAUUUAUCAGAGCAGACCUGACGGAGAAGAGCACGUGCGGGCUCAUGAUUAUUUAUACGAUGUGAUUGCUGCAUGGGAAAUGAAACAAUGUAAAUUGAAUACGGCACAAUCGGCGUUUUCGACGUUGCGGCGCGGUAACAAUGCUACUUUAGGCAGCGGCGAUAACCGGUUUGUCUUCAAACGAAGAUUAUUCCGUAAUCCAAGAGAAAUCUCGCAAGAUCCCGUAGAAGUUAAUAUGUUGUAUGCGCAGGCAGUUUACAACGUUGUAAAGUGCGAUGAUUUUCCAGUAUCUGAGAAGGUAGCAUUGCAAUUGGCGGGAUUGCAAGCGCAGGUGUCUCUCGGUGAUCCAAAGGACAACGAUAGAUUAGAUUAUUAUAGCGAGGUCGAUAGUUUCUUGCCCUAUAGAAUCAGUCGGGCCCGCGGUGACGAUGUCUGGGUACCGAUAAUAGCGCAAGCACAUCGGCAAUACGGCGCCGGACGUAAAGAAUUAGCGGCCAAAGUUCUAUAUCUAUCCUGCGUGAUGCAAUAUCCUCUUUAUGGCACAACGAUGUUCAACGUUACCUAUCGAGGAUAUUGGUCUUACGGCAAUCAAUUGAUCCUUGGCAUUAAUUGCGACGGUCUCAUGUUGAUUAAACCGGACGACAAGUUUGUUCUCUCUGAGUAUCGUUAUCAGGAUGUCGAAAGCAUCAUGCUAGAUCCGAGCGAUUCAUUUAUUACAAUCUCGUUGUUGCGACAUAAUCCCGACAGUUCGCACAAGUGUUUCGUUUUCGAGACGGCGCAGAAAAAUGAAAUAGGCAGUCUCAUCGUGAGCUACUGUUCGGCGCUAGCAGGUUGGAUUACGGAAAACGAAGUGCCCACGAAGAAACUCAAGUGCAUUACUAACGAAGAUCGUAUCAGACUGUAUCACAAUCUGGUCAACUGUCGACGAAUGCUGGUCGACGCGGAAAUUCUUAGAAAACCCCAGGAUUCCGGUGGUGGUUUUCUCAGAAACACACUUAGAAGAUUGUCUAAGCAUCGAAUAGAAAAACUCAGGCAAGAACAUGGAAGCGCCGAUCACGGUGAGACUUACAAAGGCUUCCCGUACGCUUACUGGGCGUUCAGCAGGCAACAAAUACCUCAGAGCUUGUCGAAACUGCCUGAUACUGACGAGCAAAUGGCUCUGAGUAUCUUUCAAUUGAUCUUGACGUAUGCGGGACUUGGUCAAAACGGCGACACAGUGCGCAGGGUUGAGGACGAACACGUAAAUCUUAUACAAACCGUGAUGGAACGUUGUAUACGAAAGGAAAACUUGCUGGGCGAGCUGUAUCUUCAAUUAAUCAAGCAAACGACUGAUCAUCCGGAUCCGAACAAUCGUGUCAAUCUUCGACACUGGGCGUUGCUUUCGCUCGCAUGUUCCGUAAUUCUUCCGCCUCAGAAAACUAUACGUAAAUACUUGAUCGCGCACUUGAAAAGAUGCGCUAGUGAUUAUGUCACCGAAGAGGGCAAGUACGCGAGAUUCGCGGAAAAGUGCCUUUACAAGACUCAGGGCACUCGCAGACGACAGUGGCCGCCAAGUCGCGAGGAGAUCAUGUGCACCAUCAAUCGUCGGCCGAUUUACGCGAGAUUUCAUUUUAUGGAUGGUCAAUAUCACGCCGUCGAGUUCCAUCCAUCUGCAACCGCAAGGGAUGUCAUGGAGAUCAUCAAAGCUAAGAUAGGACUCGAAGAGACUGCUAUGGGUUAUGCGAUAUACGAAGUGCUCGGACCGACCGAACGAUCGUUAAUUCCCGAAGAAAAAAUAGCCGAUGUUAUGUCCAAGUGGGAACGAUAUAGGACAUCACAGCAGACUCAACAGACCUCACAGCGGAAGCAUGCGCAUCACUUUUUCCUUUUCAAAAAACAUUUGUUCUUGGAUCGAUAUAUGAACUUGGAUGAUCCAGUAGAAAAAGAACUGUUGUAUCAUCAAGUUCUGCACGAUUUGCGUGCUGAUCGAUUCCCUAUCACUGAAAAGGAAGCCAUGAUGUUGACAGCUUUGCAAGCGCAAUUAGAACUAGGUGACUGCCAAGAUUCCAUAUCAGAGCCAGACUAUCGAACAAUAUCAAGUCACUGCCUACCAUCAAGAUUAGUACCAUGUUUAUGUGUGGAUGGUGUGCGUCAACACCACCAGUCCCUACGUGGAAUGACACCGCCCGAAGCGAAAAAGGCUUUCUUGAAUUUAAUCCAAUCCUGGCCGUUGCAUCGGGCGACUAUUUUUGAUGUGAUGCAAUCGUUUACUUCAAAUUGGCCUCGCGUACUUUGGUUGGCCAUUGAUCAGCAGGGUCUUCACUUAUUGGAACAUCGUUCCAGAAACGCAUUAUGUACUUACGAAUAUAGCAGUAUUCUUAAUUACACUCCUGCUGUUAAUUGUUUAAUGAUUAUCACCGGUACGGAUAAGAAGCAAAGCAAGGUCAUCCUUACUACGUCGCAGGCUCAUCAAAUAGCAAAUUUGAUUCGUGAAUACGUAGAAGUACUUCAGUCGCCACCGGAGAUACCGAAGCGAGACUCGGCGAUAACUCAAGAGUUGGUUGCCCAACAGCAGCAGCAACAGCAUCAGCAACCAUCCGCGAGUUUGCCGACAUCGGCAACCAGUGGACGAAAGUCUCGACCUACUUCGAUGUUACACAGAGGUGCUCCAAUAAUACAGUCGCAAGCUAGUUAGAAUGCCUGGGUAACUCUUUUGAGAGACAAAAAUAGUUUUCCUUCAACCUAAUAUCUAAAUCGUGUUUUGAGCGCUACACGUUCCAUUAUAAAGUGCCAUAAACUUGAGAUGUAUAGCGCCUUCUUCUCCAUCCCCUCCAAUAUAUGACGCAGUACUCGUAGUACUACGUAUUUUACCAAAAAAUAUAUUA